GUGACGUAACGCUAUAAAAGAGAGUGCCGUGAAGACGCCGCCGCUAUAUCGUUUCCGAUCGCCAACCUCGGUCAUAGCGUCCCGUUCACCGACAUAGAAGGACGCGAGCGGAACCUCUUCCGCUAGAGCCCCAAAGGACUCAACAGUGAAAGUCAAAGAUACGAGAUGAGGUCGUUGUUGUUUUUGGCGGCGUUGUGCUGCUUAGUGUUGUCGACUUAUGGAAGUCCCAUCUCACGGCCUGAUGAAGUCCAGGAGAAAGAAGUAGGUAGGCAGUCUGCAGCUGCAGCUGCGCCCGCUCCAGCGGCUUCCUCUGACGACGAUGAUGAUGACGACGAUGAUGAUGAUGAUGACGAUGUUGACCUCGACCCAUUAUCAGAAGACGACGAUGACGACGAUGAUGACGAUGAUGAUGAUGAAGAAGAAGAUGAAGCUGAUGAUGAUGAAGAUGAUGAUUAUUUGGAAAGAUUCUUCGAUGAUAUCUUAGGAGGCGGUGACGAUGAUGACGACGACGAUGAAUCUACUGGAGUACAAUCUGUUGUAGCAUCAGCUGACACUGUUGCUGCUGUACCUGCGCCUGCCACCCCUGUCGAGGAGGUUGCUGCAGCUUCUGAGGAAGUAGAAGCUUCCGAAGCUGCUGAAGGUGCCGUCGAUGGUGACGAACCUGAAGCCGGACAAAAAGAGCCAGCAAGCGCUGAAGUGGAGUCUCCUGUUGCCGCAAGUUCUGAAGCUGCCGCCGCUGCUGAUAGUGAUGAUGACGAAGAAGAAGACGACGACAUCACUGACGCACUUGACCCUGAAGAUGAUGAUGAUGACGAAGAUGAAGAGGAGGACGAUGAUGAUGACGACGACGAUGACAUUUCUGAUGCCCUUGGCAGGAAAAAGCAAGCACGUGCGUUAAACGAGGAGCCAGCAAAGAAACAAGCAACUGUUCCUGCAAUUUACAUAGUUAAAUAUAAUAAAUUUGUGGACAAUAUUCUUGAAAAAAUGAACGAAAUAUUGCGACGCUCUUAUGAUCCUGUCAAUGUCAAGCUGCAACCGAUCGACGCAAACAAGAAGACCUCCAAGCCGCAGAAAAAUAAGCCCAAGACGAAUAAAAAGAAAACUUCUAAUAAGAAGAAAACUUCUGCCCGUGGAGGAUUAACUGAUACGAAAAACGGAAAUAAUACCUUAAAAGUCUAUGUAAAUGAUAGAUUGGAAGAAAAAAAUAAAAUCGAACAAGACAUUAUGGCAAAAGAUGAGAUCGUUAAUGAGUUUGGUGGAAAACAUUUUAAAAGCGAAUCGAGAGCUGUCAAAGAGAAAGCAAGUACUAAAGCUAAAACUACUACCGCAAAACCAAAACCCACUAAGGCAACUAAACCGAAACCGAAACCACCUACAAAGACUACUACAAAAAAACCAACAAUAACAAAAAAUAAAACUAAGACCAGUGAAAAGAGUAAACCAAGAGCUAAAGGCACUUUGUAUGGACUUUCAUCCCUGAGGAGGAGCGGUGAUGUUUCAGUUAGCAUAAUGUCUAAUUUAACAACUGUUAAGGGAAAUUUCGCCGUUGGCCCUCUAAUAUUACGCGUGGAAAAAGAGGUUGGACGUGGUGCUAAAAAGGAACUGAAAUCAGCAACAGCAACGACUGCAGAAAUGAUGGGAAAACUUACAUUACGAGUUAACAACCAGGGAGUUGCAUCUUUACAUUCAAUCAAAGUUUUGCAACCCAAACAGGUUCGUGUGGACAGCAACCACGAAAGAACGCGUGAGUUAGCAUGGCAACGCAGUGCAAGAAUUGCUCAUGUUGUUUCCGAAAAACUAAGAUCAGCAUCGAAACCGAUGUUUGUUCACCAGAGUGUUGUAAGACAGUAGAUAACAAUCAAAGAAGAACAAAA